GUGUGUCGGUGUCAAUGUGUCUGUCCUUCACUCUUCUAUUGUCUGCCGCAGCCACAGCCGCCGCCACCGCCGCCGUAAUCGCUGCAGCCCUCAGACUCGCUCGUCGCCGCCACCUCCUCGGACAGAAAUUUUAUGAAUAAGCAUCAGAAGCCAGUGCUAACAGGCCAGCGGUUCAAAACUCGGAAAAGGGAUGAAAAAGAGAAAUUCGAACCCACAGUCUUCAGGGAUACACUUGUCCAGGGGCUUAAUGAGGCUGGUGAUGACCUUGAAGCUGUAGCCAAGUUUCUGGACUCUACAGGCUCAAGAUUAGAUUAUCGUCGCUAUGCAGACACACUCUUCGAUAUCCUCGUGGCUGGCAGUAUGCUGGCCCCUGGAGGAACACGCAUAGAUGAUGGUGACAAGACCAAGAUGACCAACCACUGUGUGUUUUCAGCAAAUGAAGAUCAUGAAACCAUCCGAAACUAUGCUCAGGUCUUCAAUAAACUCAUCAGGAGAUACAAGUAUUUGGAAAAGGCAUUUGAGGAUGAAAUGAAAAAGCUUCUCCUCUUCCUUAAAGCCUUUUCUGAAACAGAGCAGACAAAAUUGGCGAUGCUGUCGGGGGUCCUGCUGGGCAAUGGCACACUUCCUGCCACGAUCCUCACCAGCCUCUUCACUGACAGCUUAGUCAAAGAAGGCAUUGCGGCCUCAUUUGCUGUCAAACUUUUUAAAGCAUGGAUGGCAGAAAAAGAUGCCAACUCUGUUACCUCCUCUUUGAGAAAAGCCAACAUAGACAAGAGGCUGCUUGAACUCUUUCCAGUUAACAGACAGAGCGUGGAUCAUUUUGCAAAAUAUUUCACGGAUGCAGGUCUGAAGGAGCUUUCUGACUUCCUCCGAGUCCAGCAGUCCCUGGGCACCAGGAAGGAACUCCAGAAGGAGCUUCAGGAGCGCCUUUCUCAGGAAUGCCCGAUCAAGGAGAUGGUGCUCUAUGUCAAAGAAGAAAUGAAGAGGAAUGAUCUUCCUGAAACAGCAGUGAUUGGUCUUCUGUGGACCUGUAUAAUGAAUGCUGUUGAAUGGAACAAAAAGGAGGAACUUGUUGCAGAGCAAGCCCUUAAGCACCUGAAGCAAUACGCUCCCCUACUGGCUGUGUUCAGCUCCCAAGGUCAGUCAGAGCUGAUCCUCCUCCAGAAGGUUCAGGAAUACUGUUACGACAACAUCCAUUUCAUGAAAGCCUUUCAGAAGAUUGUGGUUCUCUUUUAUAAAGCUGACGUCCUGAGUGAAGAAGCAAUAUUGAAAUGGUACAAAGAAGCACAUGUUGCGAAAGGCAAAAGUGUUUUUCUUGACCAGAUGAAGAAAUUUGUUGAAUGGUUACAGAAUGCAGAAGAAGAAUCUGAAUCGGAAGGUGAAGAAAAUUAGGUGGCUGAACAAAGCACAACACCUAGGUUAUCACAACACUUUUGACUGGGAAUGCUGAACCAUUUGGGAAGAGAAACUUGACUUCUGUUUUCACAAAGGAAAAAAUUAAUAGGAUAGGCUUCCCUUGUGCAGAGGGGGAGAUGGUUUUUGCUUUUGUUUUGUUUUUAAUGGAGCCCUGAGGCAUCAGAUAUUAUACUUGGGACUCUACCUCUCACUCACUAUAUGCUAACUUAAAGCCAUUCAACAGGAGUCAAAUAGGAAUCUGAAAAUUAAAUACUCAACAGACUCCUUUUUUAGCUGUAUUUUUCAGGUACUGUGUGGUGAACGCCCCACUGGUGUCUAUUACAGGGCCACUUUGGUAGUUGUGUAUCUGCUUGUGUAUGUGAUUUGACAAACCAGUUUUUUAAAAUAAAUGGCUUUUUAAAAAUC